AUUUUAUCACAUUUGGACGACAGUUAAGCUCGUGCUAACAUGUUAUUUUUAUAAGAACCAUUUUAAAAAUGGAACAAUCAUACGAAAAAGAUUUUACUAAAACCAAUACCACUAAGACUUCAUGGACACCGCUAUUAAGACAGGUGUUUGUAUGUAGUGGAGUAACAAUAAACUUUUUUAUUUAUGGAUUAUUCUUUGGUGCCUCGACAGUUUUUGUUCCGCAAAUACGGAAAGAAGCAAAUUCAACAGAAUUCAUUAGCAUGGAAACAGCAUCGUGGUUGUUGUCUAUCUCCAGCUACGGGUCUCUUCCCACGACUUUAAUGUUUCCCUUUAUUGCAGAAAGAUAUGGGAGAAAAGUACCAUACGCCAUUUUAUGGUUUAAUACACUAGUAUGCGUUUUGUUGUUUUAUUUUAGUACAAGUGUUACUGAACUUUUAAUAAGUGGGUUUUUACAAGGAAUGUUCCCUGCAGCACAUUUGACGAUCGCUAUCAUGAUACUUACUGAAUACGUAUCCCCUGAGUAUAGAGGUAUAUUUCUCACUUUCAAAAGUGCAACAUUUUAUUGGGGUGUAUGGAUUUCAAACGCUAUUGGAACAUUUUACCACUGGAAAAAUAUUGGCAUAUUGAUAUUUAUUUGCUGUAUCUACAAUGUGAGCUCAUUAUUCUGGCCCGAGUCGCCUGUUUGGUUGGCCACUAAGGGACGUUUUGAGGAAUGUGCAAAAUGUCAUCGCUGGUUAAAAGGAGAUGACACAAAUUCUGAAGAAGAACUUAAACAACUCAUAUAUUCGCAAAAAGAGAAUUUAAGACGAAGACAAGAACUUCAAUUAGAUAAACAAAAGAACUGCUUUAUUAAAUUAUGUAACUGCAUAACAGCUAAAAGGUUUUAUAAACCAUUAAUAUUUUGUCUAUUCACUACAUGCCUUUAUCAUUUUUCAGGAAAGUUGGCUUGUACAGGAUACAUUAUAGAUAUAAUCAAAACAAUUACUGUAAAUGAAUCUACAGCAUACGAAGCAAUGCUUGUGUUAGAUGGUGUUACAGUGCUUGGAAUGUAUGCUGGAGUUUUUCUUAAUAAGUUGCUAAAACGGCGUACAUUGUUAUUAGGCUCAGCAUCCAUAGGAGUGACGUUUCUGUUCAUUUUAUCAACCUAUUUAUAUUUAGUACAUUUGAAUAUCAUAUCAGAAAAGAAAUAUUUAACUUUAUUCAUUUUGGUGGGUUUUUCACUAGCCAUCAGUUGCGGUCCUGUGUUGAUGUGUAAAUGUUUGGCUAGCGAAUUGACACCUAUAAAGUGUAGAAGUUUAUUUUUAAGUAUUUUUGCACUACUAAAUAAUACUAUUAUGGGUACCGUUUUAAAAAUGUUUCCUUUUACUUUCAAAUAUUUCGACUCACACGGGGCAUUUUUAUUCUACGCCUUAGUGUCAUCGAUAUUUAUUUAUAUUCUUUACAAAGUAUUACCCGAAACAAAAGAUAAAACAAUCUUAGAAGUAGAGAAAUAUUUUUCAGGUGAUGACAAUGUUCUAAAAGAAGAAGAAAAAUUGAUUAAUGCAGAACAAGCUUGUUUAAAAUAAUUCUUUCCAUUUAUUUUUGAUAUAGCACAAGCAACAGGCAGUCAUUUAAAAAAAAAGUAGAAUAAGUAUUAAUAUGCAAAAAUCUUAUUUCUGUGCCUAAUAAAAUUUAAAAUAUUACUUUUUUAACUUAA